ACUGCGCAUGUCGAAGACCAUCGACUAACACAUUAUAAAAGAAGGGAGAACAAGUGCUCAGCGCACGCCCUCCAGAACUGGAUCUCUACACUGGCUGGACCAACACUGGACCCAGGACUGGUGAUAUAUGCCCUGAACACUAAGAAUGAUGAACAUGAGGCUAGUAUACAGGCUCUGAGAGAAGCUCAUGAAGAAGAAAUUCAGCACAUUCUUGCUGAGACAAGGGAAACGAUUCUCCAGUGUAAAAGCAGAGUUGAAGAAGAACAAUUGCUGAGGAAACGUGUUCAGGCCCUUGAAAUUGCAGUAGAACAACACAAGAGACUAACGGAAGAAGCCUUGGCAGAGUUAACAUUGUGCAAGAAGCAGGUGGAAGAGAGGGAGUCGAGAACAGAAGCAAAACAAGCACAGACGAUCCUAUCCACAGACAGGGUAGAUACCAAUUCAGUCUUUGAAAACAAGCUUCUAAAUUUAAAUCAGGAGUCUGAUGGACUGCUAAAUGAAUGCAAAGCAUCUAGGAGAGCAAAUUUAGAUAAGAAAGUAAUUUUAGAGGAAAAAUACAGUGUGGAAAGACAAGCUCUAAUAAAUGAGAUGGAAAACCUGGAGAGUGAGAACCAGAGAGCAACUGAAGAAUAUACUCAGAAAACAAGCAAACUGCAAGCCUCUUAUAAGAGAGAAAAAGAGGAUUUGAAAAAUGCUAUGCAGCAAUCUGUGGUAGAAGCAAAGAAGAAUUGUCAGCAAAGAGAAAUGGAGCAAAGGAAGAGCUCAGAGGCUGGGGAGGGGUUUUUGCUGCAGCAGGUAAAGAAGCUGGAGGCAGACCUAGAGGAGAAAAGCCAGAAGAUAAAUGAGAGGAAGAAGUAUUCCCAGAAGCUGAAGGACAGAAUACAGGAGCUCCAGACACAGCUAGAGGAAUUUAAAAGAAAAUCUGAGUGUGAACAAAAGCAACUAGAGAAAGAGAAAGAAGUCCUAAAUGGGAAACUUCAAAACUCUUCACUUGAGGUGGCUCAGCUGAAGCAAAUAUUAGAUCAACAAGCAAAUAAUUUCAAGGAGUCACUGGAGAAACAUAAUCUGCAGUCCAACAAAGAAAAAGAGAAGCUUCUGCAAGAUCUUCAAAACACCAUUAAAGAAAACCAGAAUGUUAAACUGCAGCUGGAGGCAUCACAUCAAAAAGUCUUAAAAAUGUUGGAGAAAAGCAAAGAUCAGGAACUCAAGGAAGCAGAAGAACGUUUGAAAAAGGAAUUUAAUGAGACUUUCAAGAUCCAACAUCAGUCUCAUAGGCUGGAAAUACAAACCUUGGAAGAGAAAGCAAAGAAAGAAUUACAUGAUGAACUCGAGCAGAUACAGAAGCAGCAAACCCUGUUGCUAGGAUCUGUAAGGAUGGAACUGUCUGAGCAACAGACAUUGUGCACUAAUCUCAAGAAACAAAUAGAAGAACUCCAAAUGGAGCUGAGGAGUGUGAGGACACUGAAGAAACAACAGGAAGGAAGUAGCCAGAGCCAGAUCAGAUCUCUUCAUGAUGAACUGGAAAAAUGUCAGAGUGAAAUUUCCGAACUCAAGAAAGAGAAUUUACUUUUGAAGGACACAAUGGAGCUACUCAGUGCUGAGUUGGAGUCGCAGAAGCAAGAAGCUGCACAGCUUCAGGAUAGGGAGAAACAGCACAGAAGGUUUGCCUUAAAUUCACACUUCAUAGUGCUAUCUAGAGAGUCAACAAUGAUGCCAGCAUCAGAAACAAUUCAGACAUGUUUUAAUACCAAUGAAAGGCUACUGGUAGAAGACCUCAAUAUCAAGCAUAAAAAAGAACUGGACAUACUGAAACAAGAUCACUGGAAGGAAAUCGAAAACAUACUAUCUGAUUUCAGCGGCACUCGGGCACAUCUCCAAGCAAAGAUUUUCUCCUUAGAAACUGAACUUAAAGAAUUAGAAGAACAGUCAAGAAAGUGGGAGUCCAGAUCAGAAGAUACACACCUUAUAAGCUGUCUGCAAGACAAAUUAAGUGAGAGAGAAGAGAUUAUCAACCAGCUGGCAGAAGGAAGAAAAUUUCAGCAUUCACUUAUAGCCAACACUGAAUCUUACAGGAAUCGAUCAUUUUCUUUUAACCCUAAUACAGGAUGCUUGACUCCUUCCAUGAAGCAGAAGAAAACGGUUGAGGUGCCCAGUCGUGUUGUCAGCGUUCCAAAUUUAGCUUCCUACGCAAAGAGCUUUUUGAGCUGUGACUUGAAAUCAAAAAGAAGUGCUCCUCAAAUAACAAAAUCUACAAGCUUAGACCCGGGUCCCGGCUGCCUCAGGGUGGGCUCUCCAUCAGCACAGUCCUCAGACAGCAGUGCUGCCACAAGGUAUUUGUCCAUUUUGCAGUGAUGUAUAAGAUGAUAAAUGAAAUUGUAUUCAGA